GUGAUUUCCAAUUUGCAGAAGAUGAGCAAGUGUUUUGAGUGUAAAUCGACAUCAUGACUGUAGAAUUUGGACAACAGUCAAACAGGCAUCGGAAAAAAAUAGUGAUUCCUACUACUCUGUCAGCACAUAUCCGGGGAUUUUAUUGACAGUAAAGGUAAAGAUUUAAGUAAAUUUCUGUGCCAGAAUGGGUAAUCAAUGUGUACAGGGAGAACUGGAUAAAGAUUUCAAUCCAUCAAUGUUUAAAGUAAAGAAUGUAGAUGACGAUGGAAGAGAACUUGGCAGUGGUACAAUUGAAGUUGGACUAGCUGAUUUAAUUUUAUAUCAAAAAGGCAAAGAUCCUGUGAGGUGGCCAUUAAGAUGUCUACGACGCUAUGGAUUUGAUGCCGAACUAUUUUCUUUUGAAAGUGGAAGAAGAUGUCCAACUGGUCCUGGUAUAUAUGCAUUCAAGUGUAAGAGAGCUGAACAGUUAUUCAACCUAGUGCAGGACAAUGUUGAGAAACAAGGCCAGGCUGAUGACACAGGGAGCCAACAUCAGGCAGCAAGCCGCUCAAGUUCACUUACAGGAGCCAACGGAAUAAUACGUGAACAUUCUAGCGGUUCCAUAUCAUCUACGGGCGGGGCACGAUCUUCAAGUCCUCAUUACGUGAAUGGGAGUAUGGUUCUAGAUAAUACACCCCCUGGAAGUGCCACGCCGAGAACACCAAGUAGUCCGACAUCGCCCACAUCUCCAGAUAUGCAUAAUUACGUAAAUUCGCCAGGGUCGUUAGCUAACGAGGAGGUCAUGCCAUCUAAUAUCCACAUUAACAUCCAGAAAUCAUUGUCACACAACGAACAUAAUAAAGGACUUGAUGUGAAUUAUGCCAGACUGGAUCUUAAUGAAGACGCAAAAAUUGAGGAGAGUAAAUUCAUUAACUUUACCCAAGGGUCUAUGACAAGUUCACCCGCUGGGGCAUCACCAACUACACCCAAUCACUGCUAUGCAAAUCUGGACAUGCUGGGGGAAGUACCCCCUCAGUGUUUCAGCCGAGUGACGUCUGCGAGUCACAACACAAGCCCUCAAAAUGGACUACAAACAUCCAAUAUUACUGAUCAUACGUACGCCAACCUGGAUCAAGUUGCUGCCGGAAUCGGGAAUGGAAAUGGAAUUUCCAAAAUUGUACUUCAACCGCCUCCUAAAAAGAAAGUUAAUUAUAUUCAGCUGGACUUGGAGAAUUUAGACACCAGGACAGAGGCAAACUCUCCUGGAUCGUCUCCAAGAACUCCGAAAACGCUGUUACCAGAAACGCCGAAUAAAAAAGCUGUGAUGUAUGCAAUGAUAGAUUUUGAUAAAACUGACGCUUUGAUUAAAUCACAAAAUGGACAAGUAGACCAUGACGAUGGAUCAGUGCGGAAAACACGACACAACAGCCACAUUGAUCAUCCUAUAUAAAAACAUCGUGAAUUUUUCCUGGAAAGAUUGACAUUUUCCUUGGAUUUCCUGGAAUAAGGCGGCUAUCAGUAUUAGAAAGCGGGAUUUGUUUUAUUAUUUAUAACAUUUUACAGACACACUGUUACAUGUCUGUGGAGGCAUGCAAUGACAAAAUCAAUGGUCCUUCCAA